AUGGAUCCCCUUUCGCCAUCCCCCCUUGAGGCGGAUGAGUUUGUGACCUUGGACGACUCUACCGCGCCCACCACACCGGACGGCAGCUUGUCCUUUAGCCCUCAACUCCAGCCCCAAGACGUCGGGGGCUAUGUCGACGGCACGUCGAUGAUCAACCGAGGGUCUUUAUCGUCUGAUGUGCUAGUUGCUGCCGCUCAAGCCCCUCUUGUUCGAAACAUCUGCUGCGUUGGUGCUGGCUUUGUUGGUGGACCGACCGCUGCCGUCAUUGCGCUCCACAAUCCUCAAAUCCGAGUGACCGUCGUCGACAGGGACGAGAAGCGCAUCCGCAGAUGGAACUCAAGACACCCUCCCAUCUACGAGCCUAGCUUGGAUGAUAUUCUGCGCAUUACUCGGGACGGCUCACGAGAGUGUGCCUUUAUUAGUGGUCGGGCCGGUUGCGUGUCUGGCUGCCCCAGCCAAUGCGAGGGGCAAACCCGCGUGGCUGCCAGAGAGCCAAACUUGGUUUUCACAACUGACCUGGCAAAGUGCGUCAGUGAGGCUGAUAUCGUCCUCAUCGCCGUCAACACCCCGACCAAGACCCGCGGCAACGGAGCCGGCGCUGCUACCGACAUGGCCGCGUUCGAGGCCGCGACGGCUCUCAUCGCCCAGCAUGCCCGCCCAAACACCAUCAUUGUCGAAAAAUCGACACUCGCUCUCCACCGCCCAGACAUUCCCUUCCCCGUGCUCAGCAACCCCGAAUUCCUCGCCGCCGGUACCGCUGUCCACGACCUCCUUCACGCCGAUCGCAUCCUGAUCGGCUCAUCCCCCACCCCCGCCGGCUCCCGCGCUGCAGCUGCCCUGGCCUCCGUCUACGCGAGCUGGAUUCCCGCCUCCCGCAUCAUCACGACCCACGUCUUCAGUUCCGAACUCGCCAAGCUCGUCUCCAACGCCAUGCUCGCCCAGCGCAUCAGCAGCAUCAAUUCCAUCGCAGCCGUCUGCGACGCGACAGGCGCCGACGUCGACGAGGUCGCACGGGCUAUCGGCGCUGAUCCGCGCAUCGGGGGGCAGUUCCUCCGCGCCGGCAUCGGUUUUGGCGGGAGCUGUUUCAAGAAGGACGUGUUGAGUCUUGUGUACCUCGCCGAGACGCUUAUUCUGCCCGAGGUGGCGGCGUAUUGGCGGGCGGUGGUCGAGAUGAAUGAGUUUGCCAGGGAGCGGUUUGUUGCGAGGGUGAUGAGGAAGUUGAAUAAUACCCUAGCGGGGAAGAAGGUGGCUGUUCUGGGGUAUGCGUUCAAAAAGGACACGAAUGAUACGCGCGAGUCGCCGGCGCUGGGGAUCAUUCAUGCGCUGCUCGAGGAGGGACCCAGGGAGCUUGCUGUGUUUGACCCGCUCUGCGUGCCGGCGCAGAUGACGCAUGAGAUUGGGCGUUUUGCCGGCGAGGGUGUGCUGCAGAGGUAUGGCGGGCCGGUGGCGGUCCAUGAAGACGUGUAUGCGGCAUGCCGGGGAGCGGAUGCCGUGCUCAUCACUACCGAAUUUGAUGAGUUUCGGAACGGGCCGGUGAAGGGAGGGAAGGGCGGCGAGGCUGCGUCGCCAGCAGAUCCACGGCCAUUUGAGCGGGCCGAGCCGCACGAGACUGAUCUCCUCGCGCUGCAGUCCUAUCUCAGGCAGACGACGCCGGGCACGGAGGACCCUUUGAACCGCUUCAACCCGACGCCGCCUUGCAUCGAGGAAUGUCCUGAUUGUCAACUGGAACGGAGCGUCGGCGUGACCGGGGAGAGCAAAGACCAACGGCGCAAGGAACGGGUGGACUGGCGAAAGAUCUACCAGCAUAUGAGUCCGUUGCACUGGGUCUUUGACGGACGCGGAGUUCUCGAUGUUUCCGCCAUGGAGAAGAUCGGGUUCCGGGUUGAAAGUGUCGGUCGACGGAGUUGGACCAUGGACAACACAUACAGUUCACGGUGUAUAUAA